UUAUAACUACCUACCUUCUUAUAUGAAUGCCUAGGCAUAUAUACAAGGUAUCGUAAGAAUACGCGAGGAAGCAAGUUGCUUUCGGUUAAGUCUGACCUGGGCUCUCGACCGAAGAACCUUCAAGCUACCUGCUACUGCUUUUACAACCCGUGUUAGCCUACAGCGUCCUUCCCCUUGAUCCGAGCAUAUUGACAAUGGCGACCAGGAGUGAGCGCGCGAUUGUCUCUGUUGCGCAGAGAUUAGUGAUUCUACUACGUUCUCAUACUAUUGGCGCUUGUCUUUAUUCCGUGCCGUCGAGAUGGUUCCCAACGUGCGACAUGCUCAUAGAACAGACGCAACGGUUCGGGAGGCAUCCGACAUGGAAUCGAUUAUAUACCCCGAGAGAUUUCAAGCGUGUUGAGACUGGCUGUCCCUGGCGAGCUAGCUCCUGCCUAGACAUAUACCGACAUGGCCACGGUAUCACCAGAGAGAGCGCAUCGGAUUGACCUGGAACGAGGCCAUGCCGGGCCUAGUCGCCGUUCGAGAACCACCACUUGCGUGCGCUACUUCACUUACAAACUCGUCCCCUUAUAUGGUGCGCUCCUUAUAGCCUUCGCUGUUGGCGCCGUCUUGAUUGCGACUCUUGCUUUUGACAAGCCUAUGCCUCACGAGGGGACGAUUGUGGUGUCCAUCCUCGUCGCUCUCUUCCUUCUUCUCUUCAGUAUAGGGGGCGCGUAUCUCUACCAUAAGAAGCAUUUCCCACCCCCGACGAAGGGCCAACAUGCCGGUGACCGUCCCCCAGAGAACAGUUACUGGAAAGCGAAGACCAAGAGGUUGGGUCAACAACUCCGAGAUAAAAAAAACGCUGCUAAAAGAUUCGCAUGUCGCCGUGAUAGUCACAUCAGAGCUGAAAGGGCCGAUCCCUCGGACACAGAGGGAUACCCGGCUAGGUCAGAGGGCGGUGAGGUUCCUCCAAUCCGACAACCAUCGCAAGAAAGGCAGUACCAGCAGCGGCAGCGGUUGGGGGGGCAGACUCAUGGACAGCAGCCCCAGGCACCCCCAUCCAUAGUGAUAAGUGAUCAGUCGGGACCAAAUUACACCCCAAGCCAAAGGGGCCCUGGACGAACAACCAAUACGUCUCAACAGCGCCGCCCUUCUUAUACCCCUACUGAGGGUACAAUAAUGGAGGAGGGAGAAGAAGAACCUCGCUCACCUAGCCGGUCCUCAAACGGCAUGGGCGAACCAAGGUCGAGGUUGUCUUCGGAUGGAGGAGACACACUGCACCCGUUGACACAACACCCGGUGUUGUCCGGGCAUCGCGUCGCUGGGAUGACCGUGAACUCGCGAGCCCCGUGCCGCCCGCCCGUGGAUAAUGCGCCGCCCGGCCAUCAGGGGCGUUCCCAAUCAACACAUGACACCAUGGCAAACCAUCAGGAGCUCAACGGAACUAGGGUUGAGGUCCCGCCCCCAUCACUCCGGGCGCCAACUGCGUCUCCGCGAGCAGGAUGGCUGGAGCCGGAAAUGGGACAAUGCCGCGCCUUCGUGGCGCGCAUAGAGCACGACCGGUUGCUGGAACUCGCCGACGAGAUUUCCUACAAGAACCUCCCGUGCAUGACAGCGAAGGAAAUACGGGCGGCUAAAAUCGGGGGACGGAGCCUGCGCCACGUCGUGAACAAGAACACAAUGCCAGAGAACAUCCCCGGACAAAACAUAGACGGAUUGUCGAAAUAUAAUUGCCUUCACGUUAGACGAGGACGGCGCGGACCCGGGAAAAAGGGGAACAGGACCUCGUUCGCUCGUGCGAGAGGGAGCCUCCCUAGGACCCCCUCCAUGCCGAAACCGCCAUGCCCCGCUGCCAAGAGUGUCGCCGGAAACAGUGAAGGAGACCGCUGCUCCUUGCCGUCUGCCCAGCGCUUCCAGGCCCUGCGGAGGAAGCGCAAGCAUGAACGGUCUACCCCCGGUUUCUCAACGGGUCUCGCGGCGGCAGCGGUAGCGGCAGCUGCGGACGAACAUGACGGGGAAGGAAGAGGGGAAGGAGAAGGAGAAGAAGAAGAGGAAGAAGAAGCAGAGGAUACGAAGCACGCGCCUAGCGAGACACCUCCUCACCCCUCCCCGCCCUCGGAACCCACGCAACCGCGCCGCUACGGCCAUCUUUCUCCCUCCCCGUCUUCCUCGCUCUCUUACUCUCCUUUUUCUUCGCCCUCCUCUUCGCUCUACUCUUCGGCGUCUGUCUCACCCUCGCCCCCGCUCUCACCACCACAACCAGUCGCCGCGCCCCCGCGGCGCGCCCGCGGACACGCGGGGUUCCAUGGCUGCCGCUGGUGCCAUGCCUACCCACACUGCUCAUACCUCUACUCGCACUGCCUAUACCCCUGCCUCUCCUUCUACGCCGAUCCGAGCCGCGGCCGGGACGAGCUGCCGCCGGAGUGGGUCCCGCCGCGCAAGAGCAGUGCCACGCAGGCUUCGUGGCUGGGCUCGCUAGCGACGAGUGCGGGGCUGCGCGGGGUAAGUGUUGGUACUAACAACAACACCUGCUGCUGCAGUAGCGGCUAGGGUGUAUCAGAAGACUGGCGUUACGGGACAUACGAGGACAGUAGUAGGUACGGCUACGGCUGGCGUUUGGCACGGAGUGAGGAGAAGAGGGGUAGCACGGAGGAAGUGGACGCGA